AUGGCGUCGCCACCCUCAGCUCCAGCUCAAGCCCCUCUUCUCGCGUCAGAUUCGGCCUCUGGGCCCGAAAAAAGCGCGAGGCCUGCACCAACCGCCAAGCUCCGCAGUUGUGUCGUCUGUCGUACCCGUAAAGUUCGAUGCGAUAAGCUGUCCCCAUGCUCAAAUUGUCGGAGAGCUAAUAUUCCCUGCGUUGUUCCCUCCAAUGACCGUCCGCCAAGAUGGGCUCGUCGCCUUGAGCGCUUUGCAAGCGAUGGUCCAGGACAGGUUGACAAGACCCUGGAGGGUCACCAGGCAUUGGAUAGACUGCAUACACUUGAGAACCUGGUGAAAGAGUUGAGGAGCCAACUAGAGUUGGCUAAUGCCACCAGCAGUAGGGGUACUUCUUCUGAGGCCGUAUCGCCCCCCGACAACACGAGAGCUGCGGCCAGCCCCUCGUCAGCCUCAGUGUCGACAACGUCAGACGUGCAGAAGCAUUUCGGCCGAAUGGUCCUUAAAGAUGCCAACCAAAGACGUUACAUCUCCAGUGGGUUUUGGUCCCGCAUAAGUGAUGAGCUUGAGGGACUCAAGAUGGACACUCGUAGAAUGGGAGAUGAUGAAGCAUCUUCCGAUGAACCAGACUUCCCAAGCUCCACUCCUCCGACUCAAGAACUCAUUAGAGAACCCAUGGAACGACACGCCUUCCUAUUCCAACAUGACUUGUCGUUAUCGCCACUUGAAAGUCAGGACUUCAACCCACUACCCUCACAGAUCCCCUUCUUAUUGGACAUUUUUGAAGAAAACAUAAACAUUAUCAUAUAUAUUGUUCAUAUGCCGACCAUUAGAAAGAUGGUUCGUUUAUCUCGUGGGUCAACUCCCACAAUAGAUCUCAAGAACCAAGCGUUACUUUUCUCCAUUUAUUAUGCCGCAAUAACAUCAAUGGAGGACGAUGAGGUAUUGACCAACUUUGGUGCUUCUAAAGCCGAGCUCAAUCUCAAGUUUCGUCGUGGUCUAGAACAAGCUCUUGCAAAAGCAGACUUCCUCAACGAUCCUGAUAUUGUCCACGUUCAGACUUUGGCCAUCUUCCUUUCCCUCGCUCGGCGGUACGAUAGUCCCGUAUAUGUCUGGAUGAUGACAGGCCUCAUGAUACGAAUGGCUCACGCUGUUGGCCUUCAUCGCGACGGGUCCCGGUUUGCGCAUUUAUCGCCCUAUGAAGUGGAACAAAGGCGCCGUAUCUGGUGGAUGGUUAUUGUUAUCGACAUUCGCGCGUCCGAGGACCAAGGGACCGAAUUCACUAUCACCAAAGAUAGCUUUGACACCAAGAUGCCCCUAAACAUCAAUGAUUCGGAUCUUAGCCCUGAUAAGAAACAUGUUCCCGUGGAGCGUGAAGGUGCCACGGACAUGUCCCUUGCCAUAGCUAUGUGUGAGCUAGCACAGGUAUCUAUGCAGUUGAUACCCACGAGCCUUCAAUCAGGUGGUCCAAAUCUUGAUGAACAGGCUCAGCUAUUAGACCAAUACCGCAAGAAGCUGGAGAACGGUUAUUUCCGGUACUCAAUUGAGCCUGAUGAUAUCAUCAACUGGGUUGGAAUUGUAGUUACGCGGUUGGUUCUGUCUAAAUUGACUCUCUUGGUGUACCUCCCCUCGCUAUUCAGCUCACCUAGCGAUCGUUUCUCAGAUGAAGUCAGAGACAGGCUACUCAUCGCCGCUAUUGAGAUAGCUGAGCAUAACCAUUCCCUCAACGCUGAAGCAAGAUGUCGCCAGUGGCGAUGGAUCUACCAGACAUACACACAUUGGUAUGCCAUAGUCUGGCUGCUUAUCGAGAUAUCACGGCGACAAUGGUCAUCUACAGUUGAGCGUGCGUGGGUUACUCUCCACAGUGAAUGGCUAAUUCCUUCACACAAUAGCAUGGCCAAAAAUGUACGUAUGUGGAUUCCAGUACGCAAGCUAAUGGCCAAGGCGAGGAGUCACCGAGAUGCGCAGCUUGAGCUGAUACGCAAAAACCCAUUAUUAAUCGACAAGUUGGAAAUUAUCGAUAGUUCUCUACCUGCCCCAACCGACCCAGAAUCAGCCCCAAACGAACAACGCAAAGCCUCCUUUCUUGAGCACUGGCGCACACUUGUUGGGAAGACAACAAAGGAAUCCUCCAAGGACUCAACUAGUUAUAAGGCCACCUUACAUCAUGCCUACAGAUCCAGUGAUAUGGUCAACGUAGUUGCAGGACACGGCCUGGGAGGCUCGUUUGAGGCUUUCCUCUCAAACCCUGACCAUGAAUCCAUUGCACCUAAUGGUACGCACUCGCUUCUAAAGGCAGCUUCAUAUCCUCAAAGUUGGAGUGAUGAUCAACCAGUUGGUACAGGCAUCGGAUCAUGGCUUUGGCCUAAUCCAAACACAAGCACCGAAGAUAUCACUAGCCUAGGCAUCAACAUGGAUAUUGACACAGACAUCGAUUGGAAUACAUGGCUGCAAUCUGCCUCUGCUAUGGAGAUGAAUGCAGGAAAUUCAACGGCUUUGUGA